AUGAAUCGCAGGUCACUAGAAUGUCUACCCGUCGAGAUCAUCCAUGACAUCCAACUGUAUGCCUGCUCCUCGUCUCUCCCACAGACGAACAAGCAUCUCCAAGGUGUCUUCCGGUCCAGCCAGACAGGUUACAGGGCUCGCUACUUGAUCGCAUGCCUCCAGAGCGGAAAGGUCAAAGAGUUUGACGCUGCAACUGUCAUCCUGAAGUUUCCAAUCUGCACCCAGGAGGUUCUAGAUGCCGUCUUCCGCAUAUCACCCGAUAUCAUCAAGCUAGGAUAUCACCCCGAGCUUCCGAGGCGACUGUUUCGCCACCUUGCCCCAAGGACGUCCUGCAAACACAGCGCGGCGAAUGAGCCAGAGUGGUCGGCUGAGGACUAUCCGAUACCUCUGCUCAAGUAUCUCUACGAUCAUCCGAAGCUGCCUCGCCCAAAUAUCAAUUCUCACGAGGGCUACGCGUUGACGAAGGCUGUCUACGCAGGCUUUGUCCCUCUCGUCCGCUUUUUGCUUUCCAAGGGCGCAUCUCCGAAGCGCAAGGGCUGCAUGCCUAUCGCGGUUGCAAUCCACAGGAAAGAUCUUGCCCUCGUCCGGUUACUUAUUGAAAGGGAUGCCAACGGCCCUUGCUCAACGACGAAGACCUCGAAAGGGAAGAAGAGGAAAUUGGAAGAUAGGCUUGUCGUUACUCCGGAGCUACUGAAGGUGGCAGUCAAGAGCGACGCAAGAGAUAUCGUACAAUACUUCACCCAAGAAAAAGGAUGUGUACCGGACAUGAACACCAUACGGCUAAUGUGA